AUGGCAUCUGGUCCAACACAAGGUCUCAGUGUGCUAUUACGGCACAUUACAAUACACAUGUGUUACAACACAAGGACAUUGCACAGUAAAUUAAUUAAUCUCCAUUCUCCACCUUGCCCUCACGGCUUCACCCAACCCUUGCCAUGACUGACCCUCAUCACAACCUGUGUGAGAUAUGGCAGGAACCUACAAACGGCCAACCCUGCUACAAAUAUAGCUGCAUGGUAUCAUUUUAUUACCCAUUAAUUUGAACCCUACUUUGUUGUUUAACUCAAUCUGUCUAAUGCCAGACAAUUUUGCUUGUCACGGGGAGAGCACAGCGGCAACACUGAAUGGGUUACAGUAAAGACCCAAGAAAAUAAAUGUGUUGGACUAAUAUCGUUUGGGACACGAUAUCCAGUUUAUUUUCCUCUACCGAGUAUCAGGUUGUUUCAAAUUUCCCUCCAGAUGGCAUAGUGAGAUUUUACGGACAACUGCAAUGGGUUUAUACAGUGAUUGUACUGUAUAUUAUUUGUUAUUUAAAACCUAUAAUCCAUGAGACAUGGUAUUUUUUUACCAAAUGAUGUGCUGCAUAGCACAGGCUAUACUGUAUUAGUGUUAAAGUGCCUAUGUAAUGAUUUGGGAUUUUAAAUAUUUUUUAUCUUUGGUACAUUUAAUGAAGAAAUGCAAUAUAUCUUAUAAGAAAAUAUACCAUCUUCAUAGGAUUAUCAGCCCUCAAAGUUACCAGAUAUGACAUCAAAUCACGAAUUUUAUACGCUAGAAACAAAAGAAAUCUAAUUUGCAAUUCCCGGUUUGAUGUCAUAUCCGGUAACUUUGAGGCAUGAUAACCUGUGAAGAUGGAAUAUUUUUCUUUUAAAGAUAUAUUGCAUUUCUUCAUAAAAUACACCGAUGAUUACAAAUAAUAAAUUACACGAAUCAUGACAUAGGCACUUUAAAUUUAUUGUCUUGAGUUCCUUUCUUCCUAAACAAAAAAAAAACAAAGAAAAUUGUUUAUAAUCCAGUAUAGGUCUACUGAUGACAAUAUGUGAUAGAUAAACUUUUCAUUAUCAAUUUUUAAAUUUAAUUUCCCAUCAUUUUUUGAAUAGUAACUGCCUCCUUACAAUAUCAGACACAAUCCAGUCUAUUAUAUAUCCCAAUACUUUCCUUGUACUAGAUCUCUAAGAGAGUAAGAAGCUCAUUCUGCAUUUAAUUAAUUUACAUUAACUUUGAUGGUAGUCUUUUGAUACUUUACCUUUACUUGCAGAUGGAUGUUUUGUAAUGUUUGAAUAAUUCAGAUGCAAUCCUCACUCUCUCUUGUGUGCAGUUAAUGGGUUUUGUGAGAUCUUUCCCCUCAAUUAGUCGCUCAGCAAACUGUUGGUGUAAAAUUAAAGCAGAUGGUAAAAUUUGUACUUUGUUAUUAAUACCUAUAUGCUGUGUGAUUAUACAGUAGCAUGUACUGUACCAUACUUUACGAUGAUUUGCACUGAAGACAAGUCAUUGUACAGUAGCUACAAGAAUCAUUGCAAAUAAAUUGAAUGUAAAUUGUUGUGGGUUUGAGUUUAUCUUAGUGCGUUUUCCUUAUUACAAAUAAGAAUUAUAAGAAAGAAGCUUAGCUUCUCAUAAAUCUUCUUACCAGUUAACUUACCACACAAACCAUUAUCCCACAGUUAUAUCCAUCUUUCUGUGAAUAGUGUUGUGGUUCUACGCACGGCCAUGUAUUGGUAUUCCAACCUGUCUUUUUGUCAACAAGAUCACUAUAAUUGUAAAUAUAUAUAAUUAUGCAGAAAUUGUCACUUAAAAACUGAACAAAUCAGUUGUACUAAAGAUUCAAGAUGUAACAUAUCCCAGGGCUUUGUUCCAACUGGAGAUUUUAUAAUCUGCAUGUAAUUAAUUAAUAGUGUAUCUCUUAUGACAGUACUAACCAUAUUUUAUCAAUCAAUUAUGACAUAUACUUUAACCAAGCAUGUUUUGGCAUCUCAGUAAGAUCUUCCUCUUUCUGUCCAUUCAUUGGAUCAAAAUAAUUUCUGGUUUUGUUUGAUUCAUCCAAAACCUAAACAUUUGAACUUUUUCAUAUUUAGUUUUUCAAGAAAAUGCUAAUGCUAAUUAUGCUAUUCUUGUAAGUCUCCAAAUUUGCACUGUGUUGUUUUAAAUCUAUAAUGCUUACUGUAAACCUUAAUCUGGUGACAGAUGUUUCAAAUGUAAUCUUUAUAACUUUAUGUGCUUUAUGUGUUUAUCUUAGUUUUAUUGCUGAUGGCUAAACAGUAGAGUUGAACAAUAGGACUGGACAUUGGUUAUGUAAUGCAAAAGUGAUGUUGGAAAGUCCAACUUUAUACCAAGAGAUUCCAGUGACAACCCGAGGGAUUCAUUGGCACAAAGAUCUUCUUUAUGGUUGCAAAGUCCACAUUCAUCCAAAGUCUUUUUGUGUUUUUAACCUCAUGCACUGCAAGUUGUUCAACGCUUGUGUUAGCUGAAAUGCAGUCUGGAUGCUCUUUUUCCAGUCUAUGAAGUUCUGCUUCUAUUAUCUGGAAUAACACAGAGAAACCAAAUAAAUUUAGGUAGGCAGCUGAUGAUAUUGAAAAAUUUACAUCUUCAUCUGUUACAAACGUAAUUUUGGCCGCUUUUCUUCAAAGUACACAUUCAAUGAAAUCUGCUUAUUAAUAUUCAUGUCAACAAUGUUCAGUGGAAAUAAACAGUUUUGUACAUAUAGAGGCUGAAGUUAUGGAUUUUGAGUAGUACUGUACUUCAGAACAGUAUCUGGGCCAUAACUAGAGCGAUAAAUGGGGGGUGGAGUAUACUUGUGUUCUGCCCGACGGAUUUCUUUUGAAAGCGAUUGUUUUUACGGUAUGUGAACAUGAUUAUAUGAAUAUUCACCCCCCCUCCCAAUUAUCGCGUCUAGUUACGGCCCUGAACAGUACAGCAAUAGUUUUGGUUUUGCCACUUGAACAUUUUUAUUACAGUAUAGCUAUUUAUACUCUCAUGCAAUACGUUAAUGGUAUAGAAUUGAUUACACUGUAACUACAACACCAUACCAUAUCACUCAACCAUCCUGCAACAAACUUUGGCAAUUGUUUUUUUAUCUCGGCUUUAUCCUUCUUUUUCAGACGAUGUGGUGGGACUAUGGUGCAGAGAUUCCCUAAUGUCACUGGCACUGGUCCAUACGUAAGUAGGAUUUUAUUAAGGUUUUCUGUUGUUCGAGCCUUUAAAAUCCACUCAAAUGCUGUUCUGUAAAGUGAAAAGUCAAAUAAGUAAGUACAUCAUGUACUGCAAGUGGCGAUGUACAUGUGUUUCUGAUUUUCUGCUAUUUACAAGAAUAUUUACUCACACUUCAUUCACAAGUUUUUGUUUUCCAUCUACUUUGGCGAGAUUUGUGCUUGGAACCACCUAGAAUGUAAAUUAAGCAGAGUAAUAUAGUCUGUGUGAUAUGUAAUACGCUCUCCAAGUUUCUGAUUAACAUGUACAGUACAGUAAUUCACUGUCUGGCAUUUACCACUGUUGAAUUUACCACUUAUGCUGGAAUUACCUACUGUAUUGGUAAUUCAUGUCGAAUUAGAACGAUUUAUCCAGCAGCUCUAGGAAAUUGUUAAAUAAUUGCUAAUUAUGCGACGCAUUUUCUCACCUUACUUCUGUCUGUUGGACAUUUUCUCUUGGCCUUCCUCUCCUCAGUCAUAUUGGGGUGACCUUUCCUUUUCAAAGGGCAGGCUGGCUUUACUGGACCUUCCUCUUUUAUUUCAACAUUUACCUAAGAUAAAUAAUCAAGAAUGUUUAAAGUCUGUUUAAAAUGAUUAUAUAAAAAUAAGUUUGGCCACGUGUGUGAUAAUCUACAUCCUUUAGGGAAUUUCCUUUGACGUUAUACAGUCAACCUGAUCAGGUCAAUGAUCCCAUGCCAUCAAUUUUAAUGUCCCUAUAUAUAAUUUUACCUGGAACAUUUUUUUCAUCAUUUCCGCUUUUGCUCCUACACGUUGAGAGUAAGGAUGUGUCUUUUUUUGCUGUUUAGGUAGGUUGGAUAGGUGAUGCGAACUACUGUCCUUCUUCUUUUUCAAACGUAACUUUGCUAUCCUCUUUUCUUUUGCGGUUUUCUGCUUUUCCAGGAGCAGCCCAUGAUCAACAGGGAUUUUUGACUUCAUUACUGUUACUACCUCACUCAGAGAUGUAUUAAAAGCUCGAAGGAUCUCUGGAUCGUGAAUUAAAUAUGUCAAGUUCUUGGCAUCAAGCAAAGUUUCUCUGCAUUGUCGUGCAAUGGUAUUUAAGCUACUCUGGAUAAGCUGUGUAGGUUUUAAUACAUCCGUUGCAGGUGAUGUUUCAGAAGGAGUUGGACUUGUGCAUGGGUUGGGUGAAGGUAGGAUAUUGUCAUUCUCUUCCUUACAUGUAGUUGAAGCUGGGGUUAAAGGGCAAUCCUCGCUUGCUCCGUUAUUUCUUGCGACUGUAACAACGUGUUCGUCUAGGGUUAUAUGUGCUUGAUUUGUAUAGUGUGAUGAAAUUUUAUCAAAUCCCCAGUUGGGACAGUGUCUAAAAACUGCAAAGAAGUGCUUGCAUAACAGCCUUGAUUUCAUCCAGGGCAGGCAUUCACAACUUGGUGUAACUCCAGUCGUAAGACCAAAAUUAACCAUGUAGCAGGUGCUAGGUCCUCCUUGUACUUUAAAAAUUCCCAUAUCUUCCUUGACAUAUUCCACAGACGAAGCAGGAAUAUCUUCUGCCUCAGUUAUUUUUGACAUGCAGUGUUUAACAAAACUUCUUGGUCGAUUCAGGAGAUAUUUUGGUAUUGAGGAAUUAUACCGCCUGUAGUUCUCAUGACAGCGAACAUUUUUUUCGACGUACCUGUAAUUUUAUAGCAAAUGCUAUAUAAGUAAAUUGCAAGUUUGGCAGUACAAGCUGUGAUUGCCGAGGUAUUUCCUCUUGUACCCUAGAAAUCUAACCUUGCGGUGUUCAGUGGAGUGCCAACUGGACUAAUUUUGGAAUUUGCAAGACGUUUCUUACCCGAACAGUGUACUACAUGUUUAUGCAACACACUGUGAAAUUGUUUUUUGUUUUGAACUUCAUUUCCAUGCAGCUGAUAUAAAUAUACCCAGACUUACCCCAGUACCUUGACAUUUUGCCGAAAGACAUUUUGCCGAAAGACAUUUUGCCGAACGGACAUUUUGCCGAACGGACAUUUUGCCGACGGACGUUUUGCCGAACGGACGUUUUGCCGAACGGACAAACUUGCCGAAAAUAGAGAUGCUAUUUCGUCAAAAUGUUUGGGACUGUGCCUCAUUUCUCAACUUUGUAAUUCUCAACCAUUGUGUAAAAUAACCAUUAUAUGGUCAUUAGCAGUGCAUAAUGGGUUUAUUAGCAGUACAUAACCAUGUUGACUAUUGGUAGCUUGUUUGUGCAGCGGAUGACUCAUUUGCUAGGAGCGUGUUUUGACGUGAGGUCGUAAACAAACAAGCAUAUACAAAGACAACGACGUAGGCGAAUUUCACUUCGAUAAUCAUGGAAUACUGUACAUUCACAUGCAAUUCUCUGGGAAAUCGCAUUCAUCAAUGAUGUUGAAUGAUGUUAUUCUUUAUAUCGCGAAAUUUCGGUAAACUUGUCAAAAACUUGAAAGAAUAUAAAACGAAACUAUAUACUUCACUAUCAAAGUUUCUGUUAUCAAAAUCGACAAUGACUCUAAUCACAGAAAUUUUGAUCGUGUAAGCGAACCAACAAAGUUCAGAAGAUAUCUCUAUUUUGUCCGUUCGGUAAAAUGUCCGUUCGGCAAAACGUCCGUUCGGCAAAACGUCCGUUCGGCAAAACGUCCGUUCGGCAAAAUGUCCGUUCGGCAAAAUGUCCGUUCGGCAAAACGUCCGUUCGGCAAAACGUCUUUCGGCAAAAUGUCUUUCGGCAAAAUGUCUUUCGGCAAAGUGUCUUUCAGCAAAAUGUCCGGCCACCCUUACCCCAGCCUAUAUUUUGUACCGAGGAACUUGCACCACUACAGCAUACAGUAUGUAUGCGGUCUAAGAUAAGUGAAAUUUAGGCGAAUAAUUAAUUCUAAAUUGUACUUUCAAAUGUACCGUACCUUCUGUAUUUGUCUGGAAGGAAUUCUUCUACGAGGGAAGUAAGCAUACCACUGAGUGUUUUAUCUCGAUGUGUAGACAAGAAAUUGUACUUAAAGUCCUUAUUCUGUCUUUCUACUCCAUUGUUUUUGUAUGAAUGAACACACUUUCAUCAGAUUUACGAUAGAACCACACCCAACGCUGUCAAAGAUUUAGUUUUAUUUAUUUUUUACGAAUUGUGUCACAAGUGGCAGAUAAAUAAAUGCCCACAGACUUUAUCACUCAAUUAGGAGCUCCAUGAUUUACAACUGAAAGUAGUAUACAUUGUAUAAAAAUUAGGUUUACCACGAUAAAGACAGUAUAAAAAUUAACCAUGAUAGACAAUAGACCUAUAUCAUUGUAUUUAGUAGGUAAAUUACUUAAUAUUUUAUAUACUUUAUAUACCAAUACAUUACCUUGCAUUCUGACAACCAAGUUCUUGUGAACCAUCUUUGCAAUUUUCCAUUAGUUUUCCAUAUCUGCAACAAGUACAAUGCAGUAAUUGAUAAAAAUAAUUUAAAUACUUGUUGUCACAUUGCCAUUGCACAUAUACUGUACUGCACAUGUCACUGUAUAGGCAUACACAUAAUUAUACUACAUUUUGUUUCUCAUUAUGUUUUACCUCUAAUUGUUGUAGAUCAUUCAUGGCGGAAUUGUAA